AUGUCUUUCGUGUUGCUGGAAUCUGGCUCCAAGGUGAGGAAGUCCAUGCACAACACUUCGAGUGGUCGCGUGGGUGUGAUGUUCACGAGCGGUGCGGCUUUCUCAGGCGGAACUUUACGUCGUAUGCAGCGGUUGCAGUGUGCAUGUUUCUGGUUCUCCGUUGUCACCCUGAUCUCUCUGCUCGCCCUCUGCUGGAUGUAUAUUUGUCUGGUUACUUUCAAUGACCAAGAAGAUGUUAAUUGGAAGAGCUUCAAGUUGCUGAGACUGUGGGUAAACUGGUUCAUGGUGGUGGUCAUCAUCUCUGCAAUAUUGACAACCUACUGCAUUCUGCUGCUGCUCUUUGCAAUGUUUCAAGUCGCCUUGAGAGAACCAUUAAACUUGCACUGGCUGCACAAGGGCCUCCUGUGUUUAGGCGUCCUAUUCAUCACUUUUGGUAUCACAGGAAUAAGCCUAAUGUGGUGGAAGGAAUGGCUGACCAUUUCUCUCUCACUCCAGGCUACAGCUCCUUUCUUGCAGAUGGGUGGAGUCGGAGCCUUGACCCUGCUCAGCCCACUUGUGAUCCAGAGCUACCACAGGGCCAGAAGAGCAGGCUCUAAAACACUGAUCAUUGUGGUAUUUGCCAUGGUGUCAGCAGCCAUCUUCCUCUGUCCUCUCCUCAUCCACUCCCCUUGUCUGAUAGAAGGAAGUGAGCUCCCCACCAAACCUGAUCUUAUUGGCCACCGGGGCGUGCCAAUGUUGGCCCCAGAGAACACCAUGAUGUCAUUCAGGAGGAGUGUGGCAGCGUGCAACGUGACGGCCUUCGAGACAGAUGUGCAGCUCAGUAAAGACCGGGUUCCUUUCCUGAUGCAUGACACAGACUCUGAAUUCCUGAUGAGAACAACAGAUAUCACUGAAAAAUUCCCUGGGCAAAAGUUCCCCUGCAGCACCAGCAUAACCUGGGCAGAAUUACAGAUCCUGAACGCAGGUGACUGGUUCAUAAAGACAGAUCCUUUCCGCUCAGUGUCCCUGCUCUCGGCGGAGGAGAGAGCGACUGCCAGGAUUCAGAAUAUUUCCCCUCUUCUUGAGCUUCUUGAACUGGCCAAGCAGUACAACAUUUCAGUCAUUUUCGACCUGAAAAUGGCCACCAAAGGGGACAAUGAUACUGAAGACGUAGUCAAAACCAUACUGAAAUCCGGCAUUGCCCCAGGUCUGGUCCUCUGGCUUCCUCCAGAAGAAAGGGAGUACGUAAUGCAGGUGGCACCAGGCUUCGUACAGGUCUACGACAACAUAACUGACAUGGAUGAGGAAGGCGGACACCACCUCAAUGUGAAAUACAACGCUUUGAGCGCUGCAGAAAUCAGGGAACUUAGGGGCAGGAAUGUAUCAGUGAACCUGUGGGUGGUGAAUGAGCGCUGGUUGUUCUCUCUGCUGUGGUGCUCAGGGGCAAGCUCUGUAACCACCAACUCCUGCCACUUGCUGCAAGACAUGACCCAGCCAGACUGGACGAUGGCACCUUAUAAAUAUAGAAUGAUAUGGAUUACAGUGGAUUUGGUGUCAUUGGUUGUAAUUUUUGGACUCUUCAUCUUUCAGAGGAAAAGGUGCUGUUUCAGUGAUGCUCCAGGGAAAGGGAUGCAAAGGAACAAAUUCUCAGCAAGGAACUGGAGAGAUUCAUCCCCAUUCCUGCCCGCUGAGUAGUUCACCCCACAUCCAGCAGCCGGUGGUUCUGCCUAGACACGGACAGACACCCCCUCUUUAUUGCCAGCAUGGUUUAGCCUUGGACCAGCAAGAGAGGAGGUUGAUUUCAAUGGCUAUAUUCCUCUUUAAUUUGAAUCCAUGUAAAUUACAAUGUCCCUCUUACAGAGUAUGCACAAGAUGCACAUCGAAUGCACUGACAUGAAGCCAGGGAAUGGCAACUUUGCCAUUUGUUUUAACCCAAGAAUACUUAGAGGGUUUUUUUUAUUUCUUUUGAAUUUUAAGGAUCUUUUAUGGGUUAUAAUGUUGUAUAUUUCUGUUAUCGAAAAAUGUGAGGUGUGCCAGCAUUAUAGAAGGGCACCACAUGGUGGCUGCUACUACCAGGGUUUUCUCUGU